CGCGAGAAAAUGCGAGUCAUAGUUAUCAGUCUUAAUUUUAUCUUGGUCAAGCGAAUAUUCGCUGUUUUCCCACGUGCUUUUGUUUGACCCCUAUAUAUCUAUUGUAUUACUCAGUCUAUUGAUAAACAACUAGUACUAGAAAUAGGUAGAUUCUUCAUACUCACAUGAUUUUGGCAGAGACAGUUUGCUAAUACUUCUGAAAAGAUAUAUAAGGAAAGUGGUGCUCAUUCAAAUCUUUUUUCAGUUCGAUAUUUUAUUACAUUCGGCAAUAAAGCAGGAUUCACAUUUAAAAAAUGAUUCGCUCUAUUCUUCUGCUGAUAUUAUUUACUUGUGUAAUUGCCGCUCCAUUUCAACAAGACUUUGAUCAUCUAUGGAAUGCUUACAAGAAAUUAUUUAAUAAAACCUAUAACAGCUUGGAGGAAGGCACUAGGCGUUACAUUUGGGAAGUAAAUGUUGCAAAUAUUCAAAAACAUAACUUAGAAGCUGAUUUGAACUUACAUUCAUUCAGACUUGGAGUCAACCAUCUCACAGACAAGUUUCCUCAUGAGUACAGCAGUUUAAACGGAUUGAAAAUAAAUAAUAUGACAAAAUCAUACUCAACCUUCCUUGCUCCCGAAAAUGUUGUCUAUCCAAAAUCUAUUGACUGGAGAGAAAAAGGAUUUGUAACUGAAGUGAAAGAUCAGGGACAAUGUGGAUCUUGUUGGGCAUUUACUGCAGUUGGAUCCUUAGAAGGCCAACACAAAAGGGCAACUGGAAAAUUACUUUCUUUAAGCGAACAAAAUCUCGUGGAUUGUGCAGGAGAGGAAGGAAACCAUGGUUGUAAUGGAGGUAUGAUUGACUCAGCCUUUGCCUACAUCAAAAUCAAUCAUGGAAUAGAUACUGAAGAGUCAUAUCCUUAUACAGGAAAAUUAGGUAAAUGUCAUUUUAUGAAGAAAAAUGUUGGUGCAACUUUAUCUGGUUGGGUAGAUAUUAAAAGUUUAGAUGAAGAUGCUCUAAUGAAAGCUGUUUCAACUGUUGGUCCAGUAUCAGUAGCAAUAAAUUCUGAAGGCUAUGGAUUUAUUUACUACAAAGGUGGAGUUUAUGACGUCAAGAAUUGCGAUCCUUAUCAAUUAACUCAUGGAGUACUGAUAGUUGGUUUUGGAACUGAAAAUGGAUUAGAUUACUGGCUGGUUAAAAACAGUUGGGGUCCUUUUUGGGGUGAAAAAGGUUACAUCAAGAUGAGAAGAAACAAGAAUCUGUGCGGUAUCUCGAUGAUGGCUAGUUAUCCUUUAGUUUGAAGGAAGUUCAGAUUACAUCAAGAGUGUCACAUAACUAAUUUAUUCAUAUACAUAACUCAUUCAUGAUUUUUUUGAUAAAAGCUCAUUUAGCUCAUUAUCAUUAAGUUUAUCAAUUUAUCUGACUGUUUAACGCAAUGUUGAUAAGCCAAAACUGCAUUUUAAUAUUUCAGAUGAAGAAAAGGAAUUCAAGUAGAAUAAAUAUAAGGAACUGAUAAUGAGUUUAUUUCGCCUUCAGUAGAAUAUGUUUUAUUUAUUUAUCAAGUAUAAAAUUGCUCAUAAAUAAAAUUCAUUUUAAUUAAUACUUUUGUUGCCCAAAAUGAGUUAGAGAUUUGGAGUUUUGGGAAUAGUAGUGUAAUAUAUGUAUAGUAUUAAAUGUAUAAUUGAAUAAAGAAAACAUUGAUUGUGUCA